CCAAAAAGGCCUCAGUAUCAGCGGUAGCUCUGGCCCUCCGCCACAAGAUGGCACUGGAGUAGUGGCCCCGCGGUGACAUUGCGCUGUGUGUUUUCUUUUUUUCUUGGCGGCUUUUCUAAUGGAAAACCCACCUUGAAACCCCUCCCGAGUGGCCACAGAGGAACUCUGACGACUCCCGGCUGCGCCAUGGCUGGUCCCGAGGGCCUGAGUCUCUUCAUAUCCGGCGGAAUCGCAUCAAUAACAGCUGAAUUCGGCACAUUUCCCAUCGACACGGCCAAGACACGCCUCCAGAUUCAGGGCCAGAAGCUGGACGAGCAGUUUUCGCGAGUGCGAUACCGUGGCAUGACAGACGCCUUCGUGAAGAUCAGCCGCGAGGAGGGAAUCCGGGCGCUGUACUCGGGCAUCUGGCCGGCUGUCCUGCGACAGGCCACGUACGGAACCAUCAAGUUCGGCACGUAUUACUCGCUGAAGCGACAUUUGGAGCGCCGCGGCCUUCUGCAGGACAGCGCCGGCAGGGAGCGAGUGUGGGCGAAUGUGGCGUGCGCGGUGGCGGCCGGAGCGAUCUCCAGCGCCAUCGCCAAUCCCACGGACGUGCUGAAGGUGCGAAUGCAGGUGGAGGGCAGCGCUGGCGCCCGGCGCAGUCUCUUUGCCUGCUUCCGCGAGAUCUACGACCGCGAGGGCGUGCGCGGCCUGUGGCGGGGCGUCUGUCCUACCGCCCAGCGCGCCAUCGUCAUCGCGGCCGUGGAGCUGCCCGUGUAUGACGCGUGCAAGGGAGUGCUGGUGCCGUGGCUGGGCGACACGGUGGCCAACCACUUCCUGGCCAGCUUCGUGGCUAGCCUGGGCAGCGCCGUGGCCUCCACGCCGCUGGACGUCAUCCGGACGCGCCUGAUGAACCAGAAGCGCCUCACGGUGGCGCUGGAUGGACUGCCGGCCAAGAUCUACACCAGCAGCCUCGACUGCGCCGUGCAGACGGUGCGCCAGGAGGGUGCCCUGGCGCUGUACAAGGGCUUCGUGCCCACGCUGGUGCGCAUGGGACCGUGGAACAUCAUCUUCUUCGUCACGUACGAGCGACUGAAGGCGCUCUGAGAGGCGUCGCG